AGCGGGCGCGUCUUCGGCAUCGCGGUUGUUCCAUCUCCUGAGGUAGUGCACAACUGCGGGACGUCUUCGUGUCACACAGUGUGCGUGGUGUCCAGUGGCAAUGCUUAGCAGCGGGCGUGUCUUCGGCGGCUGCAGCAGGAGCGAAGGUGUAGCGGGUGAGCAAUUUGCGGAGAUGGAUGGCAGCGACUGCGGCCACGGUCUGCGGGCGGAAGAGAUGGAGGCGGUGGCGAUGGCGGUGUCUACUGUCGUCCUGAAGACGAUGAACGAGAUGUCGUCGUCGUCACGAGACGUGGCGAAGCAACUCCGUAAACGACGAGCGCUGUUGCAGAGCGUUGCCGAAGCGGCGGAUUGUGUGGCGACGUGUGAGGCAGUGGUCCAGUUGUGUGCCGUGCUGUCGUCUGGCAUUUUCCCCCGGCAGACCUCGCGAUGGUGGAUUAAACGACGUACUGGCGGAACAUGGGAGGACCUCCGGCAGUGCGAUGACGCCACAUAAGAGUACUACCGCCAAAAGUUGCGCAUGUCGAUGGCCAUAUUCAAGC